AUGGCAGAAAUCCCCGACAAGUAUGACGCAGCUGUGGAGUCAGCUAUAAAAAUCGAAAGAAUGUUAAUAACUACUGGACGCCUUGCCUACUCUUGUGAUACAUUUCAACUCAACAUCAGAAGAGUGAAUGAUGAAGGGAUCUCAUCAGCACAGAAGAGUUACAUGCAAACAGGCAACAUGGUGGUCAUUGCUGGGCUAGUGGUUCUUUUCAUGAUUGGUGGUACCCUAGCUGGAAACUAUGGUCCACCACCACUACCAGGAGGCAAUAUAGGAAAUGGCUUUUUUGGAGAACCUGUGCAGUUUCAAUUGCCUGGUUUGGGGGCUGUGAGGGGCAGAAGACUUCUUUCUGGUGUUCAAAGUCCACCAACAAACUACAGAAGACCAUUUUUGGCCUUCCGUGGCAUACCAUAUGCUAAACCCCCAAGUGGAAUUUACAGGUUCAGGGAGCCUAGGCCUUAUGGUAGUUGGAGUGGUACCCUGGAAGCCACAGAGUACAAGAGACCAUGUCCACAGGUGGAUCCUGUCACAGGGUCACACCUUGGGGAUGAAGACUGUUUGUACCUCAAUGUGGCCAAAACUUUGGCUCUUUUGCUGAACCCCCAGGCUAUAACCCAGGGUUUCAGUUCUCAGGGAGCCCACAUCCACCAUUUAGAAGACAAGAUGCUUCAGCAGGCCCUGCUGGAAUUGACAGAAGAGUUCAGCAGAAAAACUAUGUACCUUCAACCAAUGGGAAAAGAAGGUUCAAGCAGAUUCCCUUGUUUGAACAGGAAGACAGUGCUGAGACAAGAGGAAGCCACUGUUCAACAGACUCCCAAGCCUGGUAAAGUAAGGUUCCCAAGAUCAGCAAGCACACAAACCAUUAGCCCUCUUCAGAAACCUACACCUUCAACCCAAGAUAUCCUGGAUGUAGAAUUGCUGAAUGUUGCUGGGAAUGAUACUGAUAUUGCAAGAAGUUAUUUUGCACCUGAAGCCAGGGCACCUCCCUUGCAGCCUCAGAUCAAUGCCCCAGGGUUUUAUCCUAACCCAAUCCCAAAGGCCCUGUUACCAGUGAUGGUGUUCAUUCAUGGGCCAGGAGCCUUUGUUGCUGGAGCAGCUCAGCAAUUUGGUCCCCAGCCCCUGAUGAGACAUGAUGUGGUCCUGGUGACUUUUGAUUACAGGCUAGGGGUUUUGGGUUUCAUGAGUACAAAUGACAGGGAAAACCCUGGUAACUGGGGCUUGCUUGACCAGAUAGAAGCCCUUAGAUGGGUGAAACAAAAUAUUCAGGCAUUUGGAGGAGACCCAAAUAAAGUGACUGUUUUUGGGCACCAAGCUGGAGCAGCUGCUGCCCACUUGCUAAUGCUUUCACCCAGGGCUAGAGGGCUCUUUGAUCAAGUGAUUCUUCAAAGUGGAGCAGCAAUAUGUAAUUGGGCAAUAGAAGAUGACCCCUGGGAUUUUGCAAGAAGGAUAGGGGUUGAAGUGAAUUGCAGAGACCCAUGGUCUUCUGAUGACCUCAUGGAUUGUCUUGAAGAUGCACCAGUGACCAGGAUUCUUGAUGCCCAAGAAAAACUGAGGAAGUAUGGUUACUUUCAGCAGUUUUCAGCAGGUCCAGUUGUAGAUAGAAAGUUCAGGGAUGAUCCAGUCCUGCCAGAUCAUCCCUACAGACUUGUGACCCAUGGCCAAUUUAACAGGAUUCCCAUGAUCAUUGGCACCACUCAGGAUGAGGGAAUGCUCCAAUUUCUCAUGACUUAUCUUGAUGCUGGUGAAGAUGCAAGAUCUUCGGAGCAUCUCAGGCACAGAGUAUUGCCCAGGUUGGUGCACUACAUGACCAGGCAUGAACAUGAAGUUGAGCCAAUGAUUGAUGCCAUUUAUGAGCAGUACUUCAACUUGACCAAUUUUGGAGAUCAGGAUCAAGUCAUGAGGGCUUUCACAAAUAUGUUGACUGAUGGAAUGUUUGAGUCAUGCAAACAGGAGACACUGAGACUGCAUGCAAGGAAUGGAGGAGACAUGCAAAUUUAUAGCUAUGUGGCUUCAUACUGGUACAGGACCCUGCCCCUGAUCCGUGAGCAGGGCAAGAGAGUCUGGAGAGGCCAGGCCUUUGAGAUAGUGGCCUGGGUAUUCGUGGGCCUCUUCUUGUUGCUGUUGUUGGUGCUGGUGGCGCUGUUGGUGACAUCUUGUGUCAGGCGGCGGAAGCAAACGUACUCUCACCCCCUGCGCAAAACCACGCUCUCUGCUCUCGGCGCGAACCCCAGUGCGGAACCACACCAAUGCCAACUUUUCAAUUUACUGUACAGAAGAUCCGCACAAGAAACCCCGGUUGUGGAAGUUGACACAGAUGUCGCGCCAAUCGCCCCAAGGGAUAACCUGGUCCCAGUUCUGAAGAGGAAAGAAAACAGAACUCCAACUGCUUCUUUCAAGAUGUAA